GUUGAACUCGACGGUGGCAUGUUUGAAGCAGAAAAAAAUGGAUUUGGAGGCCCUGGGAUGCCUAGAGCAAAGUUUGUGGCUAAAGCGACGCAUGUUCGGUGUGGAUAGUUCAGCGGUUUAUAAAGCACUGAACGAGGUCAUGUUAAGUUACAAUUCCGUUGCCAUGCAGUACCUCGCACAAGGACAAUUUGAUCAGUGUUUAGCUAUGUUACGGAAGGCUGAGGCUAUCGUGGCACCGGGAAACUUUAAGCGAUGCCAGGCUUUGCAGAUUCUAACAUUUAACAACAUUGGCUGUUGCUAUCGGAAGCUAGGCAAGUUGAAAUCUGCGCUAAAAUAUCUGAAAGAGGCUGCUCAGAUCGGAUCUGGGUCAGCCCACGUGAAAAAUCUAUCCAUUACCCACCUCAACUUAUGCGCGAUUCAGUCUCAACUUGGCCGACACGAUCUGGCACUGGAACACGCACAAGCUGCGAUUUUCCAUACCCAAGAAGAGCUCGUGAGUCUCGAAGAUGGGGCUCGAGACGAAGACGAUAGAGAUCAGGAUGCAUUAGAUCCGAAGACUCGUGAAGAGAAGAUUAUCUCACUCGCUGUAGCGUACCACAACUUGGCAGUGGAGCUGGAAUUUAAUGGACGAGGUGAAGCGAGUUUGCAAUGGUACAAGAAAGCUCUGCAGCUGGUGUGGAAAUACAAAGAGACCAACGAAGCACUGUGCGAAUCUUUCAAGAAGAUUUUCCUGGAUGCCAAGAAGAAACAGCAAACUGCGAAUAUCCGACAGAACGGGAUUCCGACUACAGUAAAUAAUGGAAGACGUCCGGUUAGUCGUCCAAGAUCUGCACAUGCGUCAAGAAGCAUGAACGAGGGUGAUAGAGAUGUGUCAUAUAGCUCUACGGUUGCUUCUCACUGCUAUAAAGCCACUAAACCAUCCACAGCAGGACUUCGCUACGGGAAUUCAGCCACUGGAAGUGGGAAACCUCUGCGUCCAGCUUCAGCAACGAUUCGACAGCGACCCAUGUCUGCUAAACCAGUACGUACGAACAACCGACGAGGGUCUCGUGAUUCAGAGGAUGCAUUUGAAUUACACUGGAAAAAAUUGGAGAAGGAACAUGAUCUCAAUGAUUUUCAACCUCCUGCGAAUCCAGAACGGAAAACUCGACGACCCCAAAGCGCCAACGCAGCGACACGAAAGAAUCAGACACAACGUCAACAGAAAAUACAGGGACAACUGUACUUUGGAGCUCAAGACGACGAUUUCAUUGGAACUGACGAAGACUAUGGUGUGAUAAAUGACGAUGGGAGUGGCGAUGAUUUCGACAAUUAUACAGGCAACAAUCAACGGGAGAAGCACCGUGUACGGCCUAUUAGUUCGAGGAAACAACGCUCUAGUGCUACAGUUGGAUCAAGGCAUCGCAGAGGUUUGGAUGAUAGUCGCUCUCAAAGAUCAUUGGAUAUCAGGGAAGCCAAUGGCAGUGAUGUUAGUACUCUUGAUGAGAGAUCUCCAAGUGUAACUCAGACUGGUUACAACGGAGACGAUGACACCGAUGUGGAUCUACCAGCUCAACGUGUUUGCCACAUGGAAUACCUUCGUCGAAUGAAAAAACUUGCUGAUAGCAUUAAGGAAGACCUAGAUGGGGUGGGUAUUCGUAUCCCAACGGCAAAAGAUCGAGUUGAUCCUGCCAAUGAACGGGGAUCAAAAGUAUCAACUCCACGAAGUGCUACUUUGAAACUUCGCGAUCAAAUUGAACAAGCCAGACGGGAUUCAAGCGAUAACUUACGCGAGGUUGAGUCACAUGCCACCCAGUCGAACGAGAUGAAACCAACGACACUGACAAAACACAAGGAUGAAGACGAUGGACUGGAGCUUCGAGAAGAUGUUCAUGUUUUUGAAUCUGAAAUAGCAGCGCGCGAUGCCCAGUUGUUAUUAUUCCGAGAAGCUGCAUGUUGUCGGCUACAAACAUUCUUUCGAGGUCAACGCUGUCGUACAGAAGUCAAGCAACUGAAACAGGGUAAGCUUGAAAACGCCUCGGCUUCUUUGAUCCAGCGGCAGGUGCGACAGUAUCUUAAAGUACAAAUGGAGAAGAGGAUACUUGAUGAAGAGAGACUGCAGCUGGAGCUUCAGAAAGAAGAGGUGGAGGACAUGGCAGCUUGUCUUAUCCAGCGAUUAUGGCGACGAGCUCUUACCAAUGCAGUCGAAAGCCAAGACGAAGAUGAAGGCGCGAAGCCAUCUCCUGUUCCUCAGCGUCGACCUUUUUCCAUCGCUGACGUUGUACUUGGAGCUGCUGUCAAGUCGGUGGGAUCGAGCCAAACGCUGCUUAACCAGAGACCUCCGGAGCCCCCUCCUCUAAACCCCGCAGUCUCCGUACCCCACUUAAACCUUAGUCGUCUGUCAGAACCAGAGCCACCUCGACGAAGUUCAACUGUUUCAUCCAUAUCUUUGAUCGACCCGAAUGAAGUCGAGAUGUCCACGAAAGCACGAGAAAAACAAAGUGCACGUAGUGACGUCUAUGAUGACGAUGAAGAUUGGAAAGAGUCUUCACCACGCUCAGCAAAACUAACUCCGCGAUCAACUCGCAGCUUUCAAGACGGUCGACCCACAACGUCGCGUUCAACUUAUAAUGUUGCGGAACAACCACACACUCCCCAGCAGCUCUCAAUUACCGCAACUCCACGCACAAACCGCAACAUCGCCGAAGGUACAAUCCUGAAUGCUGCGGCCACUCGAAUCCAGGCGUGCGUCAAGAGCUUUGCCGUCCGUCAAAGUAUUGCACUUAAGAACGCAAGUGAUUUGAGCCGAGCUUACAUUGAGCACAGACAUUUUAUCCUCAGUCUGAAUCAAGCAAUGGAGCUGGAACAGGACUUUUUGGAAGAUCUUAGCGCGAUCAAGAUCCAGGCUCUUGUACGUGGUCGUCAGAGUCGUCUACUAACCGAGUGCACCAAGGCUGGAGUAUCGCUGCUAGCACCAUUCAGAGCUUCUGGAGGCAAUACUUUACCACAUUUGACCACAACCUCGAGGAGAUCGAAGCUGCUACGUGCAUUCAAGCGCUCAGUCGCGGACAUCUCACCCGUAGAUCGCUAA